AAGAUGAGAACCAAGACCAUCGCCCGCCAUCAAAACUCCUCUCUUUCUCUCGCUCGCUCGCUCGCUCGUCAGGUCAAAGCAUAGGAAAGCCCUACCAUCUCUUUCUCUCUCUGAGAAGCUCCGAAUCUCAACAGAAUCAUUGAAUCAGGACCUAAAUCCACAGCUUCCUCAGCUCGAGUUCUCCAGAUCGAGGGAGGAGGUUGGUGGGUCAAAUCGAUUUUGGAGGGUUUUCUUUGGAUGGGGAAUUGCUGGAGCACUCGGAUCAAGGCGGAGAGUCCUUUGCACAGUGAUCCGACUUCAGGGGUCAAUUCGAGGUAUGUUAGCAGAGAUGGAAAUGAUACAAGUGGUUCAAGCAGCAAGGUUUCAGUAACGCCUGUGCCUGCGACUCCUCGAACCGAAGGCGAGAUCUUGCAGUCUUCCAAUGUGAAGAGCUUUUCUUUUGCCGACCUCAAAAGUGCCACCCGAAAUUUCCGCCCUGACAGUGUGUUGGGAGAAGGUGGCUUUGGUUCAGUCUUCAAGGGUUGGAUUGAUGAGCAUACAUUUGCUGCAACAAAACCUGGCACUGGCGUGGUUAUCGCUGUGAAGAGGCUCAACCAGGAAGGUUACCAGGGUCAUAAGGAAUGGUUGGCAGAGGUGAAUUAUCUGGGCCAGCUAUACCAUCCUAAUCUUGUGAAGCUGAUUGGCUACUGCCUAGAGGAUGAACAACGGCUACUUGUCUACGAGUUCAUGCCUCGGGGAAGUUUGGAAAACCAUCUUUUUAGGAGGGGUUCUUACUUUCAACCUCUUUCAUGGAACCUCCGGAUGAAGGUUGCUCUGGGGGCUGCAAAGGGUCUUGCCUUUCUCCACAGUGCCGAAACAAAAGUCAUAUAUCGCGAUUUUAAGACCUCAAAUGUGCUGCUUGAUUCAAAUUACAAUGCCAAGCUUUCCGAUUUUGGGUUGGCAAAGGAUGGUCCAACAGGUGACAAAAGCCAUGUCUCUACUAGGGUCAUGGGGACCUAUGGAUAUGCAGCUCCGGAGUAUCUUGCCACAGGUCAUCUGACUGCCAAGAGUGAUGUCUAUAGCUUUGGAGUUGUCCUUCUAGAAAUGCUAUCCGGCCGACGUGCAAUCGACAAGAACCGUCCAACUGGGGAACACAAUCUGGUAGAGUGGGCCAGGCCCUACCUGACCCACAAGAGAAAAAUCUUCCGCGUUUUGGACUCCCGGCUUGAAGGACAGUAUUCUUUAGAUGGAGCUCUGAAAGCAUCGACUCUCGCGCUCCAAUGCAUAUCCACAGAAGCCAAGCACAGGCCUGACAUGGAUGAGGUGGUGGCAGCACUGGAGCAGCUGCAGGAUGCCAAAGACAUUGCAAGGAGCCCGCAUGCCGGAACAGAUGCAAAUGGUCAAAGCCUCAGUGGCAGCCAUGUGCACAAAUCUCGGAGAAGAAGCUUAGAUGAAACAGGACACACAAAAGCAUCGUAUCCACGGCCAUCAGCUUCCCCCCUUUAUACAUGAAGUGGGGGAGAUGGACCUAAAGGAUCUGUAAUAUGUUUUGUUUUUUUUUUUACUACUUCUCGGACAUUCAGAUGGUUUGGGAUGAAAUUCUCCAGAGAGGUUGAACGUGUAUAUCUAUCGGUGUUGUUAGAUUGUUGUACAGUUGGCUUGAUUAUGAACAGAACGUUUCUUCUCAACCAAGUUAUAUGAUGGGUGGAGCAUUUGAUGCUCUGAAAGUAUAAACAAAGGGUAGAAGAUCUGUUAUUUUGUGGUGAUUAUGCAUUUAAUGUCUAAACGUGUACCUAGGGAAGAAGGUUCUGUUAUUUUGCAGAGAUUUUGGAUGAGGGUGUUUUGUU